UUGAUAACUGGAUUGGCCGAGGUGAGGCGAGAGGAUUGUGAAGAUAAGGAGAAGAACUAGAAAACCAAACGGAGGAAGACACUGAGAAAGUAGAAGAAGAGGGAGAGGGAGAGGAAGAGGAGGAAGAAGAAACGGGGAGAGAGGAGGAAGAGGAGUAGGAGGAAAGCGGGCAGAGAGAGACGUAAGACGUACUCCAUGAGAGCUGUAUACUCUAAGAAUAUGAGAGCAAGAGUGGUGUGUGUAUUGAUUUACGUACGAGCAGCGCCCGAGAUAAUAUAGGCGCUGUGAUGAAUAAGCUACGCUAAUGGCUGAUAUGUGAAUGAUCAGUAUGUGAAUGCCCAGGUGGGUAUCAGCCAAUCACGUGAUCAAGGCUCCUACUAUCCAACACAUACAUACUUUACACCCCCAUUCGGUCCACCCGCAGUCUGCUGCGACCGCACUAUCAAAUUCGAGUAUCCUGGACAUAUGGAAGUGGGGAGUGCUUUUCUCCUCUCUCUCCUCUCCAACAUUACAUGUAGACAACGCGAGCACUUUCCACGAUAUAAAGAACACCAGUAUUAUUGCGGGACACGCAGUGGAUAAAGAAGCAAUGUAAUGGAAUGUAUGUUCUGCCAAGGAGAGAUGGUCUGGCCCGCUCACCUCGUAUGGAAAUGUAGAUGUCUCGUCGCUUGAUCGUAACUUGUCUGACCAUCUCUCUCGCAAUGUCAUUUUCUGAACUGCGUCGCCAUGUUGGUAUCAUGGAACGAUUGAGAAUGCUAGAUUUUUCCCUGU